AUGGCGACGGUGGCAGCACUGUGGCGGAGAGCGAGGGACUACAUGAAGACCAAGGAGUUCCGGGAAUACCUGACCAGCGUGCACUUCUGGGGUCCUGUGGCCAACUGGGGCCUGCCGCUGGCCGCCUUUAAGGAUAUGAGGGCACCGCCCGACAUCAUCAGCGGCCGCAUGACGACGGCGCUCAUCUUCUACUCGAUGGCCUUCAUGCGUUUCGCCUAUCGCGUACAGCCUCGAAACUUGCUGCUGUUGGCGUGCCACACCACCAACGUCAUGGCGCAGAGUGUGCAGGCGGGCCGCUUCGUAAUCCACCACUACGGCGGCACCGCCACCACCACCGCUGCCACCACCACCACCAACGACCCCACCAUGGUUCACACCAGCGACCGUGUGUGUGCUAGCGACUUUGAGGAUGACAACUCCUGCUAG